AUGCUGGGGCGAGCCUUGGGGGCCGACGGCAAGCCGCCCUCCUCGCUCUCCGGUGUCGCCCUUCAACCCCGCUGGCAACCUCCAUCGGCGCAGCUGCCCCGCCUCCUCGACGCCGUCGCCGCCCUCCCUCCGGCGCCGCUCGCCCGCUCUCGCUUCAACGAUGCCACGGCGGCGCCUGGUUGUUGCGAGGCCUCGUCGGCCGAGACGAAAGCCUGGUCGUCGUCCGAGCCUGGGAAUGACUACCAGUAUCCCACCUUCCCGACUGGGUUGACAAGAUACUCGUGGGUCUCGGCCGACGAGGCCUCGCAGGUCGGCACUCCCUCCGACGAGGCGGCAGCAGGUGGCCGGCACACCGACCCGCUCCCAGCGCCUUCGCCCCACUCCGUCUCCGAGGCGGACGUCGCGACCGGUGCUACCAGCCCCGGGGUGCGCGAGAUUGUGACCUUUUUUGAGAAGGCCGCGGCAGCCCAGUCGCCGACCAGCAUCUUUGACGCGGCGCGCUCGCCUCUCAAGCCGCUCGAGGGCCUCGCCGCGGCACUGCGCCUCACCGGCACUCCUCCGCCCGCGGACGCCGCCGCUGCAAGUCCGAUCGCCGAUGCAGCCGCCGCCGCGAGCCCUGCCGAGGCGACGCAUCUUCCCGCGCCGUCACCGCCGUCUCGCGCGGAGCCUCCGAAGUCCAAGCUUCCGACGCCGCUGCCAGCAGAGCCUGUCACGCCCGGGCACACGGCUCGGACGCCGCCCUCCGCGCCGCACACCUUUGUCUCUCCUCCCGCGCCGACGCCGUCGCGCAUCCCCGUCCGGCGCGGCUCAGAGUUGGUCUCGCCGCCGCUCGGGCCGUGGCGGACGCCGCCGCUCGUCAAGGAGGAGCAACAAGCGGCACCACCAGCGCCGCCCGGCCGACUCGCCGCUGCCUGA